ACCACCGUUACCAAGAUUUUCAAAUGCCCCAAAACUUCAUGAUAAUCACGUGGGACUGCAUUGCACGCGGUUCUUACUUUCCUCCUGUGCUUGUAAGCAGUAGUCACUAGCCAGCAGUCAUCAGUAGUCACGUUGGUUUGUUUAAUUAAGGUUGGUUUUGACUGACACAAGUACAAUUUGAAGAGGAAUGAAUGAGAACACUAAAUAAAGAUACGAACAACGAUUUGAAUUGAACUUUGUCUUCAAUAAUCAGUGAUUAAAAUGUCGGGGCAAGACUUGGUGUCGGACCAAGGACUUCGGAUUGAUGGACGCCGAGCUAAUGAGUUGAGACAAAUUCGUGUUCGCAUGGGUGUCUUUGGGCAGGCAGACGGCAGCGCAUAUCUAGAACAAGGGAAUACAAAGGUCCUCGCUGCAGUGUACGGGCCACACCAGCCUCGAGGUAGCAGUCGCGGUGGCAACAAGGGUGCUGGAGGGGUUGUAAAUUGUCAGUAUAGCAUGGCAGUUUUCAGUUUUAGCGCAGGUGAGCGCAAAAAAAAGCCAAGGGGUGAUCGAAAGACCCAAGAGACUUCGAUGCAGCUACGCAGAGCAAUAGAAGCAAUUGUGCAAGUAGACCUCUAUCCACGCUCCCAAAUAGACGUAUUUGUAGAAGUUCUUCAAUCUGAUGGAAGCGACUACUGCGUCGCUGUGAAUGCAGCCACUCUUGCUCUCAUCGAUGCUGGUAUUCCUAUUAAGGAUUAUUCAGUUGGAUGCACUGCGAUGAGUGCAAGUAUAGGCGCAUCAGAGGAGGCUGAAGGUAAGGAAGGUCCCGGUGCAGCUCUGGGAAUAGUUGACACAAAUCAUAUGGAAGAAUGCACAGGAGCCACAACUCUCACAAUUGCUGCUUUGCCUGGGGCUCCCAGUUCCAAUUACGAAACAGACACUCAGAAUGCAGGGUUGGUGGUAGUGGCUCAAGGUGGUGGGCAGCGAUUGCAUCUUUCAAAACUCGAAGGUCUGCGACAACGGGCGUUACAAGGUUGCAGAGACACCAGAGUCAUACUUGACGAGGCAGUGCGAACCCACUUGGCAACACACGCCCCACAUUUCAUUUAGAUUUAGAAUUAGAAUUAAUUCAUGAAUUUUUAAUGUAUGGCCCACCUGGGAAGUACGUCUGGGGACAUAAGAAUAGAAUAUCGCACUUGAUUAAAUAUGAUUUAUUUUUCUCGCUGAA